GCAAUAAAUUCUUGACAAACGCGCGCGGACUAGUCUUCCAACGUUCGACAAUAACCCCACAAUGAAUCAGUCAUAGUAAAACUCCGCCCUUUGGGCGCUACAGCAAAAUCUGCACGUUCCACAUUGCUUGCAGGUGUGUUUAUCUGGUAGUGGCCAUGCGGUAUUGCUGUCAGGAAGGGGGCGAAGCAACUGUACUUAAUAUCAGAUAUAAUCUAUUAUCAAGUUAAGUUAUUUCGCCUCUCGCCGUGGUCUUACCUCUCAUUCUACCAUUUGAAUAGUAUAUGACCGACACACUGUGUAUGACAGUUGUUUUUCUCUUCUGUAAUUCAGUGGAUUCACUAAGCUUGGGACGAAAUGCCUUUUCAUCAGCAUUUAAUCGACCUAAAGUUGGAACAGCUUGCGCUGGAUCAAGUCGUUCCUUCUCUGUUAGAUAAAGGCUUUUUUUACGUGGAUAAUUUCCUUGGUGAACUUGUUGGACAGUUAGUUUUGGACCAAGUGAAAGAUAUGCAUCAUUCUGGUCUCUUAAACGACGGGCAACUUGCUGGUCGGCUUUCAGGGGUAUCCAAAAGACAUAUAAGGGGUGACAAGAUAACCUGGGUCUGUGGUACGGAGAGGGGCACAGAGGCUGUCAACUUCCUUUUGACAUUGGUUGACAAAUUGAUUUCAUUAUGUAUCGGGCGACUCGGCAAAAGUGUCAUCCGAGAGCGGUCAAAGGCGAUGGUGGCUUGUUACCCUGGAAACGGAGCCGGGUAUGUGAAGCAUGUGGAUAAUCCUAACGGAGACGGCCGCUGUGUCACGUGUAUCUAUUACCUGAACAAGAACUGGAAUGCCAAGGAGCAUGGUGGAAUUCUACGGAUAUUUCCGGAAGGCAAGUCAUACGUCGCUGACAUUGAGCCCCUCUUUGACCGCCUGCUCCUGUUCUGGUCAGACCGCAGGAACCCUCAUGAAGUACAGCCGUCAUAUGCUACAAGGUAUGCAAUCACUGUGUGGUAUUUCGACUCCGAGGAGAGGGCAGAAGCAAAAAGGCGAUUUAGAGACUUAACAGCUUCCACACAGGCGGACACGUCGUCAUAACAUCUGAGACUUCACUGGGUGACUCUUUAGUUUUGUUUUUGUUUUGUUGUUUUUGUUUUUGCUCGGACUUUUUGUUGCUUUUGACUUCUUUAUACCAGAGCACUCAUUGUAUGGUACCUCUCCUUUUUUCCCCCCCUGUUAUAGUAGCUUAGGAAUCAUUUUUGGUGCAUUCACCAUUUGAGGUUGUCUUGUCAGUGUAUAACAACUGAAGCAACCUUAAAAAAAAAAAAAGAAAAAGAAAUGAAAAACAACAAAAAAAGUACUGUAACAGAGAAAAACAGAGUUAAAAACAAAAAACGAAAACAAGAUAUAUGCAGAAAAAGCAGUAUGACAUAUGUUUCUUAUAUUGGUUGUGCUUUUUCUGCGAGAGUUGGAUUUGGGGAUUUUACUUUCCUUCUUUUUUUGGUUUGCAAAGGUCUGAAACCGAAAAUGGUCAGACAUUAAACCUGUCACAAUACCAUUUCUCUCCAUACUGUCUCAGUUUAAAGGCUAAUUUACAGCUUUCUUAAAGCAUUUUGAAAAAAAAAGUCUUUACAGGCUGAUGAUAGUCUAAUGUGUGUUCAUCAAGUAUAGUUUCAUUGUUUAUGCACUAUGUAUGUGGUUUAUUGCUGCUGGACACUUUGGAGGAAAAUUGUGAUGUGAUUCCAUUUAUUAUAUCAUUAUGAAUGAUAUUUCUGAAAGGCGCUUAACUAAAAAAACAAGAAAAAAACAAAAAAACCUUCAUAUGGUCACAGUUACACUGUGUGUGGGGUUUUUUUGAAGUAAUGAAAACAAGAUGAAAAAGUUGAGUAAAUGUCAUAAAAAUGAUUUAUGAUGAUAUUUCUCCUUUUUGAUAUAUCUUUUUUACAUCUGGCCUAUAACGAUUUUGUUUUUUUUUUGUUUUGUUUUGUAAUACAUAUUUUGUCUUAUGUGGUCCUUGGCACAUGCUGUAUUUUUUUUUAAGCAUGUCGUUAAAAUCCCUCCAGAGGGACAUUCAUUACACUACAUAUUGUCACAGUUUCCCUUUUUUUUAAAUACUUGAAUACGGCCAUCAGAUUUUAUUGAAUCAAUACAAUUUGUUGAACUGUGAAUUGCACUAGUAAUAGUUAUUUUUUUAAUCCAAGUGUAUGAAGUAUUGGGGUGAAUUGGAUCUCAGACUUAUCUUACAGUGCCACUGAGGGAAAAACAAACAAACAAACAUAGUAAUCAUUUAUCCCUCUGAAAAGGUGUCAUUAUCAGUGUUUUUGCACUUAAGCUUGUGAUAUAAAAAGCUGAAAAAUGAACAUAUUGAUCAAUGAAUUAAACGAAUAUUGACACUAUACUGUUCCCUCUGCCCUUCAAGGCCUUCAAAAUCAGUAACACUUGUUAAAGACAGUGGUUAUAAAACAGUUCUUAAGACUGUACACGUGUUAGCCAUCCAAAAUGUCUCAGUCAGUCAGUCAAAUGAGAAUGAGUCCAUUUUAAGUCUUGCUUUUCACGACUGUGUAUUUGUCUGGUCUGUAUGUCUUUCUUUUUUUCGUGCUUGUUUGUUUGUGUGUGUACCGAGGGGUUAUAACAUAGCGUUUUGUCGCACUUGUAAUUAGCUUGUAGAUUUAACGCAGGUGUGUCAAAUUAAAAUGACACCGUAAGACUAGAAAGCAAAUGAUUGACACCUGUCAGUUUAAAGAGCUGAUGUGACGUCUGUUCUGCUUAUACAGUAGGCGUGAAGCUAGAUACCAACUGCUGUCUCUGUUAAAAGACAAGAUGUCUUCUUUAGCAAUCAAUAUAUUAUCACUGUAUCAUUUUAAUUAGUGUGGCAGAUGCUGAAUGUUUUGAUAUAUGGAAAAAGAAUGCUAUAUAUUUUCUUCAGUUACAAACCUGUUGAUAUAUA